AUGAACUUUGAUCCUGAAAGCCCAUUUGGGCAGCAGUUAAAUGCUCAAGUCACAGAAAAGCUCAGAAGUAUGAAUCUUACCGAUGAUCCAUCUUAUGUGGCCGAGUUCUUACUAGUUCUGAUUUCUAAUAACAGGACGGCAGAGGAAAUUAUGACGGAAUUCAACUCACUAUUUGGAAAUGCAAUCAACAUAAAUUUUGUUAAUGAAGUUUUGGAUGAAGUGAAGCAUUAUCAGCAGGGUGCUGAGCAAGGCUUUAAUGGCCAGCAGCAGACACACCAACAGCAACAAGAGGCACAACAACAACAAGCACAGCAACAGCAACAACAAGCACAGCAACAGCAAGCACCACAGCAACAUCAACAAUCAUCAAUUCAGCAACAGACUACGAUAGCACCGCAAGCACAGUCUCAGCCUGAAUUUUUGCCUCAGCAACCAGCAGCACCAAUAAAGUCAGCAUUUACACAGUCGGCAUUUCAAAAUCAUGGAGUAGAUCAGACUGUAAACAAGGCAAAUGGUACCCAGCAGGUUCACUUUGAUGAUAGUGGUUCGACUGCUAUGGAAGGCAUAGUUCAUGGUUCCAUUCCCACGGGACCCCACAUUACGAGUGCCUUUGGAAAAGGUUCUACGGUUCAUAGGGGUGUCUCAAAAGGUGGAAAUACGAAGAACAAGAAAUCUUUUGCGCUUAGAAACCAAAGGAACUUUCAUCAGUUGAUGGAAAAGUCUUUGGAAAAUGGUUCCCAGAGUAUGCAAUUUGUUCCCAGAAAACCUAUUGGAAGGUGCAAGAAAUUCCCUCAUUGCCACGACCGCAAUUGCCGGUAUGCGCACCCUGCGAAAAUCUGUUUUGCCUAUCCAAACUGCCCAAAUCCGCCUGGAACAUGCAACUAUCUACAUCCAGGGGAAGACGAUGCUCUAAUGGCUGAACUCGAAAAGACAAGGCAAGAAAGAAGAGCUCACAAGUUCGAAAGAAGCAAUAACAUCGUCAAGCAGGUGUCAAAACAAGUAGAGCAGCAUUUACUACAGAAAACUAAUGGAAUUACCUUGUGUAAAUUUGGUGCAGUGUGCCAAAGAGAGAUGUGUCCUUUUGGUCAUCCAACUCCCGCUAAUAAAGAUGCUAAAGUGCUGACACUAGAGUGGUGCCCUGCAAACAAGAAUUGCAUCGACCCAUCAUGUACAAAAGCACACUCAUCUCCUAAUUAUAAGCCACCCGAAGGGGGAGAUUCUAUGCAAGAGGGUUCCCAGAGAUCUCUGGAACAAUGCAAAUUCGGUAGACAUUGCAAGAAUCCAAGAUGUCUCAAGAGACACGCCACAACAAAUGUUCUGUGCAGGGAUGGUGCCGAUUGCAAGAGGAUCGAUUGCUAUUUCCAGCAUCCUAUUGAUGAACCAUGCAAGUUUGGCGCGAACUGCAAAAACGCAAACUGCCCAUUCCAGCAUCCUGAGGAUCGUAAUUUGAACGGGGGCAGGAAUAUGGUUUGGGUUAAGGAUCAAAAUGGAAAUGGUGACGGUCAGAAUACAGAUCAACGGCAGUUUGCUGUUCCAGAUGAUCAGGUGAUGGAACAGGCCCCUCCUCAACAGGUGUGA